AUGCUAUUUGGCCUAAGGGGCUACCCAACCGAAAAGGCAGUGUUUCACCACGCCCAUGUAGGGGCAGCAUCGGAUGUGUCUCGAUUAGGCGUAGUACUGGAGUCGAUCAUUCAACUGGAUAAAAACGAAACCCUUUUGUCCAGCAGAGCACGGUCAGACUCAUCCUACAGUAUCAGUAAGAUGGAUUCGGUGUCAAUUCGAUGUGAUGAGCUGGUUGUUGGUGCCCUAGAGGCGGCGUUUGUUGAUAUGGACUCACAAAUUGCUGAGGACAAGCAAACUUGGCGGAAUCACAGGCGGUUGUGCGGCCAUUGCGGUUUUGGUAUUUCUUGGUAA